AUGGAAAAGAACAAUAGUACUGAUGCUAGUUUAUCUUUGUAUCUACUGAAACCAUUCUUCAAAGGCGAUUCGUUAGCCAAUGAAUUUGGCUUCGUUAAUUAUUAUCAUUCAAAUAAAAUUAAUCGCAUUCUUCACGUUGUCGCAUUGCCGUUUCUCGUCAUCGCUGUAUUAAUGUUCGCUCAGCUCAUCGAUCAUUUAUUACCAAAGUCUUUACCACUCAAAUUCUCAUUUGUAUUCGCAGUUCUCUAUUGUAUAUUAUUUUUUCUCUACGAUAGACGUGUUGGUAUCGCUUACACGGUUCUAUUUGGUUUUCUCUGGUGGCCAACAAUUACGUUCGCUGGUCAUCUAUCGUUUUUACAUUCACUAGUCUACGCCGUGUUUAUAUUAUUAUUCGCUCAACUCGUUCAAUUUAUUGGACACAUUGGAUUUCAACUUCAGUCACCAGCAUUUCGAUUUUUCGAAGCCACUGUCACAACACCCGCAUUUCUCAUGCUGCACAUGUUGAAUGGUUUAACCGGAUAUAAAGAAGAUUUUUUUAAAGAAAUUCGUAAAGAAACUCAGCAAUGGAAAGAACAAUUAGACGAUGAUAAAGAAAAAUAA